AUGCCCAUGAAGCUGCCCAAGAGCUUCCAACGACGCAAGUCUUCCGGAAACAUCCUGGAGGACGUGGAGACACGCCCGCAGUCCUCUUUCAGGGUCUUUGAACGUCCGGGACCUCAUAGAUCGAUGACCGACGGCGCUCCGCUCACCAAACGCAUGAGCGAGGGUAAUGUGGUGCCAUCCAUGUUGGAAGAUGACAAUAUCUUUGCGGGUACCGAGCAGCCCCUGGACAAGAAUCGGUAUGAUGAACACCCUCACGCUCGACCUUUGGAUUCCCUGAGAAUGCGUCUGACCCGGAAACGUCAUAGCGGUGCAACAUACGAGAGUUCGACGUCAACUCGUCUGAGCUCCUCGUCCACCCUUCCUUCCUCCACAGAGAUCCCAUCCGAUGACACUGCAUCCCCGCAUUCACGAAUCCACGAUAUACCCGUCCCACCUCCACUUUCCGGGGCCCUACGAGCCGCCGCUGGGAGAACCUUCUCCUUCGGUGGUCGAUUUAGUAAAAAUUCGAACUCGGGACCUCCCGCUCCUCCCCCGUCAUGCAACGCCGCCGGAGGAGACGAGGGAACGGACGGUAUUCGCACUGGGAUCUCAGGGGCAGGGUCGGACGAUUUUGGAAAGAUGUUCGACCAAAUAGGAAAAAGGGAUAGCGCCAUGUUGCGGGACCCCUCCCCUCAACCUCAACGGCCUAAUCAGUACUCCUCCUCUCCACCUACGCAAGCCCUUCCCGAGUUUCAAGCCAGCAGGAAUGCACGACCCCCGCCUAUUAGUACAGACCGCUCAGUUCCCGUUGAGCCCUCCCCUUACUCAUGGGACAGUCGUCAUUCGAGGCAUCAUUCCCAGGAAGGCCUUCUUAAUGAUCAAGAUGCCGGUAGAGGAAGGGAUACCGGUUCGCCAGCUCAAUCCUCCGCCGACACCGUGACUGGAUUUCGCAGACAAUCACCCGGCCCCAACCAAGCCCUCGGUGCUACCACUUCCCAUCGUGCCCUCGAACGCCCCAACCGAAGACAGUCCAAUUUCUCGAAUUUGCGCCGGAGUGGAGUAUACUCUUACGGAGGGGACGCUAGCCCGAUUGAAGACGAAGACGCCAACCUGGUCAGAAAAUCUCUGCUCUGGACCGACGGUGGUCCUUCACCCAACGCAACACCUUAUCUCGACAAAGGCAAGGCAGCUAGUGCCAGUCCUAGCUACCUAGACCAGGAGCCAGAAUCGAUGUUCUCAGGUCGCGAAUCCCCCGAUCCAGCUAUUGCAGACCAUGGCCGCCUGGCUGUUCAGUUCGCUGAAAGCGUGCCCAAGAGAAGUUCCCCGGGAAACAAGGUCAUGACCCCAUCCCAAUUCGAACAUUACCGCCAGCAGCAGGAACUACGUCGUUCCAAUAGCAGCGCGACGAAGAGUGAUGAUGAGUCUGUCAAUGAUGAAUUCGAUGACGAGGAAGAUGAGGCCGAGAAGCAGCGCGAGACGGAGCGACAGCGCAGAAAGCAGGAGGCCCAUCUCUCUGUAUACCGGCAACAGAUGAUGAAGGUGACAGGUCAGAAAAGUCCUUCACCGUCACUUCGCCCCGAGAUGAGCGGUGCAAGCAGCAGCACCCCCAAUCUCAAUUCAAACCGCCUUUCCCACCUGGGUGACAAAUCCUCCAGCGGCAAAAGCACCGAGGAAGACGACGACGAAGUCCCGCUUGGUAUCCUGGCCGCCCACGGAUUCCCUAAUCGUAACAGACCACCCACUCGUCUGAACAAUGCCAGCUCUAACCCGAACCUUCGCGCGUCAUUGCAGCCGUCUUAUGCGUCGUCUGCUCACUCCAUCCACGGUGCCGACCCUUAUAAUAGAAACAACUUGCCUGCGUUUGCACGCAACCUGCCGCCAGAGCCCUACGUGGGCGCUGGCUCGGUAUAUGGGGGUGCAUCCUCUCCAGCACCUCCUCCUGGAGGUCUGAUUAACGUGAUUGCCAAUGAGGAGCGGGCUCGAGCCGCUAGGCGAGGUAGCCCGAACACUCAGGCAAUGUUCGAUCCGAUGGGUGGAAUGGGAGGUGGCAUCCCUCGUCCUUAUUCGAUGAUGCCUCAACAACAGGCUCAAAUCUCCCAAUCAGAGCAAGCCCAGUUGAACCUCUCCAACCAGAUGUCGCAGAUGGUGCAGAUGCAAAUGGACUUUAUGCGGAACAUGAUGGCUCUGCAAGGCGGACAAGGCACUCCGCCACCAAUGAUGCCGGGCAUGCAAAUGCCUCCCGGAAUGGGUAUGCCAGGUAUGCCAAUGCCAGGCAUUCCCACCGGUCCUCCAUCAAUCAGCGGAGGACGACCCGUCUCCAUGCCAAACGCAGCCGGCGGCGCCCAGCCAAACUUCGACCAACGAACCCUCGGCCUCCUCGAUCCCAACAACAUCGCCAAUCGCCGCGGUUCUCCCAUGCCCAAUAUGACCGGUUACCCAUUCCCCAACAAGAACCCCGGCUACGCCGCCUCCAUCGCCCCAUCAGAGCGCAGCAACGCAGGUCUGGCAUCCCGCUACCGCCCCGUCUCGAUUAUUAAUAACGAGAACGAACGGCCCGGAACAUCACCGCAUCUGAAAAUCUGGAAUGAUGAAAAUCAUCUCUCCCCCCAUGUCCGCGUCUCGCUCGCACUCUAG